CAGCUCUACCACGGAAGCACCUGCAUUGUUGUCAUGGAUAUAUCGUUCACUCAUAUCGUUAUGUGAUGUUAGAUUAUUACGUGCCUCACCGUAUGACUUAACAUAAUGCUGAGUUAUGUGUUUGUCGCCUUUUUAUCAGUAGCAGUAGUGUUUCUUCCCUGGGAAUGGCUGUCUAAAUUUUUACAUGAGACAAACCAGGGCCCACCUGUGCGGCUCCUGAGCAGGCGUGAGUUAUCCCUUUACGACGGGGAGGAAGGCAGCAAGGGCCUCUACCUGGCUAUCCUGGGACAGGUUUUUGAUGUGCACGAAGGACAGAAGCACUAUGGACCAGGUGGUGCUUAUCACUGCAUGGCAGGUAAAGAUGCCUCACGGGCUUAUAUCACUGGAGACUUCACAGAAACUGGUCUGACAGACGAUGUAUCCAGUCUGUCUCCACUGCAGGUGAUGGCCCUUUAUGACUGGCUGGCCUUCUAUAAGCGGGAAUAUCAAACUGUAGGUUUGGUGAUUGGCCGGUUCUAUAGUGAGACAGGGCAGCCCACAGGCGCCUUGAUACAGGCUGAAACAUCUCUAGUAGAGGGUCAGCGAAUGAAGGCCCAGUCUGAGGCUGAGAAGGUUCAGUUCCCAGCCUGUAACUCAGAGUGGAGCUCCGCUGGUGGAGGAAGAGUCUGGUGCUCAACUAAGAGUGGCGGAGUGGAAAGAAGCUGGGUAGGUGUCCCACGGAAACUCUUCUCUGCUGGCUCGUCUGGUGUUCGUUGUGUGUGUGUUGAAGAUCCGUCUGCAGCAGAGGACGAUCCCAACCUGCAGAAAUAUGAUGACUGUCCUCCACAUGCUGACUCAUGCUCUGUUAAAGACUAGAACUCUCUGGGCCCAGCUCAGAAAAAGGAACUAAA